GGUUGUCACAUUUAAAAUGAAGAAAGACCUUUCAUUGAGUGGUAGUCGCAGUGUUCAUUUGAGACGCUCCGCUUCGCAUCUCACAAAGAUAAGGUUUAUCCUGUAACAAUGAGGGCACUGAUAUUUUCGUCAUGCAUCAUCCUGAUCAUCGCCAAUUCCUUGGCAGAGGCUGCUGUUGCAUCAAUACCUCAGAGGGAACUAACGCCUAAUGACGUUGAAGAUCCAAACAUGCAUUUAUUUGAAAAAGGACCGUUUGAUGGAGGAAAUGGCUUGCGUGGGCCAAGAAAAGGAAGAAGAGAUAUCGACGUCAUACCACAGAGUGAACUGAAGACUCGCGACGUAACAGUUCCAGUCGCGCAGAAAUACAGAACAAGAGAGCUGCCUGGUGGUGGAACUGGGAGAGGACCAAGAAAAGGAGACAUGUGGUCAGAGAUUGAUCAGGAGGCGAAGACAGCAGUCGAGAGAGCUCUUCAUGAUAAUAUUCCCUAUAGUGAUCGUGAUACCAAAACUAUUUGGGAAGAGGUUAUUGAUCGCGUGAUGCCUUGAACAUGUGAGAUGUGUAGACAGUGGCCAAACAAAGGAAGAAAGUUGAGGAAACAUGUUGCUGCAUUACUUAGAUAGAAUACAAGUACUUAUAUAUUCCAUUUUCAGAAGUUUCAUGUGCAUUGAUCAAUCGACUAAUUGCAUUGUAUACGUCCUUUGCAAAAUAAACUUUAUUCACAAAUUUAUC